AUGAGCAAACGUUUGGAUUGGGCCCAGUUUGCUUCAACUUUACCUCAGUUGCCGACUAUUUUGGAUUAUAGUACCUGGCUCCAGCGUGUUGCAAAUUUGGUAAGAAGUGUGCAAAUAAGCAGUUCAAGUGGCAAUAGAUCUAACAGUGAUCCAAAACGAAAAGUGGUUUUAUAUGCUUCUGAUGGCCCAGAACAAUUGAGUGUGCCUAAUAGAUGGAGUGAAGUGAAGAGAUUGAAGUUAUGUUUUUCGUGUCUCAGUGGUGGCCAUUCAAGUAAAGAUUGUCGUCGGCGUAAGCAGUGUCCAAUGGAAAAGUGCCAAAGAAAUCACAACAAAUUAUUGCAUGAAACUAAACCUAAUGAACCAAGUGAACGAUCCGUAAAUGUGCCGCCAACAGAGAGAGCUUCAACAGUCGAACCAGUGCUUAGUUGUAUUUCCAGUGCUAGUAAAAGAAAUGAAGGUUCUUCGGUCACGAUGAUGGAUAGCUCUUUAGUGAGACAGCUUGGACUGCAUGGUCGACAAAGUCUAUUGAAUUUGAGUUGGUAUGGUGGUAAAUCGGCACAAGAACCAGUUAUGGUGGUGGAUCUUCAUGUGAGUGGUGUUAAUAAGAAAAGGAAAUAUGCUUUGAAAAAUGUGUAUGGAGUCUCGAAUUUGAAGUUGCCUAGUCAGAGUUUUAAUGCGGAUUUAGUAAAGAAUCAUGGUGUGCCUUUAAACUCAUAUGAAUGUGUGGCUCCAAAGGUACUAAUUGGAUUGGACCAUUGCCAUUUAGGAUUGCCCGAUGAAAUAGUCCCUUUGGAAGAUGCUGGUCCAUAUGCUGCCAAUACUCCUCUUGGAUGGGUUGUUUUUGGAAACGUGAAAGGAGGUCGCCCUGGAACCCAAACAUGUUUGCUGACACAGUUGGAUAAUUUAAAUAAUUUGGUGGCAAAUUAUUUUGAAACUGAAAAUGUUGGUGUUAAGGCUCUACCAGUGAUUGAGUCAAGAGAUGAAUUAUGUGCACGAGAGAUAUUGAGAAAUUCGACGAAGAGGGUUGCCGGAAGAUUUGAAUCCAGACUACUAUGGUGUAGUGAUGACGUAGUCCUGCCGGAUAGCUAUUCCAUGGCCCUUAAUAGAUUUUUUGGAGUGGAAAGAAAAAUGAAAAAGGUUUGUGGGGACAUAAAGGAAAUGUUUCAUCAAGUUAUUGUUGCUGAGGAAGACAGGUGUUCGCAGAGGUUCUUGUGGCGAGAUGAUGCUAGUGGUCCACCGGUAGUGUAUGAAAUGCUUGUGAUGACGUUUGGAGCUGCCUGUUCGCCCUGUAUUGCCCAUUAUGUGAAGGAAACAAAUGCAAUGGAGCAUCGAAAUCGUUUCCCUAGAGCCGUGAAGUCAAUUUUGGACCAUCAUUACGUAGAUGACUUUGUAGACAGUUUUGUAAAUCCGUCAAAAGCCAUUGAAAUAGCCAUACAAGUUCGUGAAAUACAUAAAACUGCUGGUUUUGAAAUGCGUAAAUUUACAUCGAAUUCAUCGGAGGUGGUUGUGGCUCUAGAAGGAUGUUCAGAUCAUCAGGUUAGUUUCUCAGGUGGCUUAAAUGAGUUGGAGGGUUCAACUGAAAAGGUACUUGGCAUGUUUUGGGAUCCAAAGGACGACACGUUCAAAUUUGUUUUGAAAUUCCAUCGUGUGAAUUCUGACGUCAUUCUUGGUAAAAGGUGUCCUACAAAGCGUGAGUUAUUAUGUGUCGUAAUGUCCAUUUUUGAUCCACUUGGUUUUUUGUGCCAUUUUAUGAUAACUGCCAAACUUUUGAUGAGAGAAGUCUGUAGACAUAGUGUACUUUGGGACGAGAUGUUGCCCGCGUCAUUACAAGCGAUGUGGAAUAAAUGGCGCCAAGAGUUAAGAAAUGUUGUCCAUGUAAAGGUUCCACGAUUUUAUUUUGGAAAUGGUUUGCCCUUGGAGUUAGAGCUGCAUGUUUUUGUUGAUGCCAGUGAAGAUGCCUUCGGUGCAGUUGGCUAUUGGAGAUAUACAACAUCUGAUUUACAAAUAGGAGUGUCGUUUAUAUCUGCCAAGUCGAAAUGUUCCCCAUUGAAAUGUAUGACUAUUCCCAGAUUAGAACUACAAGCCGCCGUUUUGGGGACCCGAUUGAUGGACACUAUAAUGAAGGAACAUGAACUCAAAGUUUCUCGUCGAAUCUGUUGGAGUGACUCUACAACCGUCAUUAGUUGGAUUGGUUCUGAAAGCAGGAGAUAUAAACCAUUUGUUGCCCAUCGAAUUGCCGAAAUACUUGAUUCGACACGCCCAACUGAUUGGAGAUGGUUGCCUACAGAUCUCAAUGUUGCCGAUGAUACUACAAGAGCUAAAAAUGAAGUUGAUUUUUCCAUUGAAACACGUUGGUUCCAAGGGCCACAAUUUUUGUAUGAAAACGAAGCUGACUGGCCGAAUAAGAAUUCUGAGAAAUCUGAUGAUUUGUGUGAAGAAGAACUACGCCCCAAAUUUGUUAUGCUGGUUAGUACAAAUUUAGUAAUUGAUUUUAAUCGUUUUUCUUCAUUUCUCAGGCUUAAACGAACAAUGGCUUGGGUUCUGAGAUUUAUCAAUCGCUGCCGAAAAUAUGAUAAAUGUAAUGGUUCGAGAUGCCUGUGUGCUGAAGAGUUAAUGGUUGCUGAAACUAGUCUGUGUCGUCUGUCCCAAGAAGAGUAUUUCGCCUUUGAAAUAAACGUUUUAAAAUCUGGUGGUUCUUUAAAAAAGGAUAACGUGUUAUUUUCCCUUUCGCCUUAUUUUGAUGAAAAUAAUUUACUUCGAGUGAGCGGUCGUAUUGAUGCUGCGAGUUGGUUGCCUUUAGAUGCCAGGCACCCCAUUAUUUUGUCGCCCUGUCACCGCUUUACACAACUAUUUGUUGCCCAUGUGCAUAAUAAAAUGAGACAUCAAAAUUUUGAGGCUACCAUAGGCGAAAUAAGGAAAAGAUUCUGGAUUCCACGACUUCGAAAUCUGUUGAGUAAGACCACAUCAAAUUGCAACAUUUGUAAGAUUCGUCGUGCUGUUCCAGUAGCUCCUUUUAUGGGAUCGUUGCCAAGUGAUAGACUAACUCCAUAUGUCCGGCCAUUUACUUAUACUGGUGUUGACUAUUUUGGCCCAUUAAAUGUGACUGUUGAGCUGUAUUUUAUAAAUCGUCGUGGCACCCCGUUGAAGAUUCGGAGUGAUAACGGAAAGAAUUUUGUUGGAGUUAACCAAGAAGCCCAGCGAUUUGAUGAAGUAUUUGAUCUGGUUAAAAUUGAAGAUGAGUUGUCCACAAGGGGCAUUGAAUGGCAGUUUAAUUGUCCACAUAAUCCUGCAGAAGGUGGAAUAUGGGAGCGAAUGGUUCAAUGUGUUAAAAAGGUUUUAAGAGUAACCCUAAAAGAAGUCGCCCCAAAAGAGCACACCUUGCAAAGUUUAUUAAUUGAAGCCGAAAACAUCGUGAACUCUCGCCCAUUGACUCACUUGCCUGUCAGUCCGGAAGACGAAGAACCAUUGACGCCUAAUCAUUUCUUGUUGGGUUCUGCAAAUACGGCUCAAACGCCAGAAGGUAUUGAAAUUAUAAAGCCAGUGGUACUGAAGAAGCAGUGGCGAAUUGCUCGACAGCUACGAGAUCAUUUUUGGAAAAGAUGGAUUGUGGAAUAUUUGCCCACACUUACAAGACGGUCCAAAUGGUGCGAACAUACGAAGCCUGUGGCCCCGGGAGAUCUUGUACUAAUUUGUGAUCCAGCUGUUUCCCGCCGAGAUUGGAAGAGAGGUCGUGUCGUAAAUGUGUUUCCUGGCAGUGAUGGUGUAAUCCGAAGAGCUGAUGUCCAAACAAGUAGUGGAAUACUUAAACGCCCAGUUUCCAAACUAGCAGUCCUUGAUUUGGAGUAG